CGCGCUCCUGGAAGAAAGAAACGCGAGUGCUCGCAUUUUUAAAGGGAGUCGGAGUCCACGCGGGAGUGCGAUCCCCUGAUCCGCGUGGUGUGCCAGCCUCUACCCUCUUCCGGCUCUUCCGGCUGUUUCUGACGAGCGAUGGCCCGCGUUCGCCGACACGACGAUUAAGAAGCAUAUCUGCGACCCGUCCCACGAGUUCGCAGCUUUCAUUCUCCCGCAUACUGCACGGAGGCAUGCAGAGAUUCUACCCCUCUGUAAGCGAUACGAGAGGCCAAUUGUACUGCGUCAGUGUCCAGUCAUCGAAGGCAUUAAUUUUGGAAAAGUACGCGAACAUCGAUAUUCCGGAGAACAUGCUCGCCGCACGCCAGUUCGACUGCUUCGCGGAGGAGCGCUCGUACGAGAGGAAAACAAGAUUUUUCAAUAGUGCAACCCAGAAAACUUCCUUGGAUCUUUAUCAACACUUUCUGCCCGCCACGAUGAAUCAACUAAAAUCUCCUCGCAACAGAAUAGAUUGCAACCGUCAUCCUAUGCAACUCACAAAUAAACCUCGCAAGCAGGAUGAUCAGCAUUUUACGCCAAAAAAGUUUAAUGUCCCCAAAAAGAUCCGAUCGUUUCAAAACACCAGUCCAGACCGUUUUGUGAAGCAGUUUCCUUCAGGAAAAUUAUCGCAGCAUUCCAAGGAUAGUUCGCUAGGUCGUUCGAUUCUCAAUCAUGUGGAUUCCUUAAACGAAUAUCCAAAGCUGUACAAUCAGAAUGCCAUGAUCGCCAGUUCACUGAGCUGUUCGAGUGAGAGUCGCUCGAGCUCCUCGGACGAUAAUCUGACAAAUCAUUCGCCAGUUCAUCAGUUGGACAGCAGUUCGCCCGACCAUUUCGAAUAUUUUCGAAUGUUCGAAGAUGCUAGUGUCACAGAUGCGCCUGGCCCGAGCUUCUCGGGCAUCAGUUGCCAAAACGAGAGCUGCCAGUCGAACUACGAAACUACGUACGAAGAUCUCAAUAUGAAUCUUCUGAAGAUCGAUUUGCUGGACUCGAAUGACAUCUGCUCCAGGCGACAAUCACCCGUGUGCGAGGAACGUAGCUCGAGCGCUCAGGAAGAUGCGCAUGACGAAUCUUUAAUAACACUGUUAACAAAACAUCUGGACAUAUCGAAGGAAAGGGAGGAAAGCGAGAUUACUGAGCAGCGAACUCGCAGUCCAAGCGUUCAAAGAGACGCAUCCGAUUCGCCACUGAUAUCGGAAAAGUUGGAAAUACUCGGGGAGAAUGAAGUAAAGAAGGAAAAUUAUUCGGGGCAUCAGUCACCUGUCACCGUGCCAGGCGAGCAAUGGAACGAUGACGGAACACUUAUAGAGUUAAACGUGGAGCAGGAUUUAACCAACGCGUCGUCGGAUGUAGGAGAAGAAAAGCUGACGGAGGAAAUACAGGACCUCCAAUCGUUUGAUUACAUGCAGAAAGAAAAGAUGCUGUCCUAUCAAUGCAACGAUCAUCCGAAUACUCAAUUGUUCUAUUGCCAGACUUGUUGCAAAACGAUUUGCAGAGAAUGCUCCACUAAUUGCGUCUACAAACACGUGACAGUGGAACUUUUAGAAUUCCUCGAUAACGCCCAACGUCAAGCCGAAGAGGUGCUGAUCGAGGCCUACCUCGGCAUCGAUGUUCUUGCGGAUGAUAUGGAAAAUAUGGGCUUGGAUAUUGCAGCGCUAGAUCAAAGAACCAGAGAAGCGCUUACCGAUGUAAAGUUCUUUUCACGUCGAAUGUGGUCGGCAGUAGAAGAGAGAGAGAAGAAAUUGUUUAAACAAAUUGUGGAGACUCGGCGAUGGAAGUAUGAGGUACUUCAAGAGAGAUACAUAAAUUUAAAAGAGGACAAGUCACGACUGUCAUUAGCUGUCAGUGCUCUCAAAUGCGCUAUCCACGACGCACGCUCAUCUUCUAUGUGUAAUCCUGAUGAACUUUUGCAAAGGAAAGAUAUGGUAUUAGCUGAGAUUUGGCAAAUACGUCAGAGUCGAAAGACAAAGACCCGAGCUAUCCGAGACGAGAAUUGGAUCUCGUUCAAGAGUUCCGAUAAUAACGUGCUGUCCGUAAUCGCUAAUGGAGGAAACGUUUUGGUGAACGGUCCGGGCACGAUCGGGGAUCGUCUACCGAAUCGCGAUUACAAAUCAUCGCAAUUGUACUUCCCUUACGGAAUGAAUGAGCAGAUGAUGCAACCGAUUCCGCGCGGUCGUCCGAUAACCGAUUACGACCACAACAUCUGCCUCCCUAAUCGAAAGCACGAGUUGCAAGUCAAGAGCACGGAGGUCAUAAUUCUGGGUUACUUCGGCGAGAAUAAUCCCGACAAUCUCUGCCGCCCGUGGGGAUUGACUUGCGACAAUGAAGGUAACAUCAUCAUCAGCGACAGAUCCAAUAAUCGUAUACAGGUCUAUCGUGAGGACGGUACGCUGAUCAGGAAAUUCGGGAGCUACGGUAGCGGUCCUUGUCAAUUCAAUCGUCCAGCCGGAAUCGCCGUGGAUGCUAGACGUCGUCUUAUCGUGGUCGAUAAAGAUAACCAUCGCGUUCAGAUUUUAACUCUGGAGGGCGAAUUUCUAAGGUCCUUCGGCGAGCACGGCGAGAAGCAGGGUCAGUUUUGUUACCCGUGGGACGUCGCGGUAAAUUCAGCUUGCGAGAUCGCGGUUACGGACACGAGGAAUCAUCGUGUCCAGUUAUUCAGCGCCGAGGGUAUUCCCCUACGCAUGUUCGGCGGCCAGCCACAUCUGCUGAGGUAUCUGGACUCGCCGCGCGGUAUCUGCUUCAACAACGAGGGCAAGCUGAUCGUUACGGACUUCAACAAUCACCACGUAUUGAUAAUUGAGUAUAACAUGACGGAGAUGCGCAUUCUUAAAUGUGAGAAAGAGUCAAAAGGCAAGAGGCAGGACGGGGAAACCGGUGACGGGCAGAACGAGGAGAACAUGCCCACGUUUCAGCGGCCUCAGGGCGUCAUAGCGGCCGACGAUGGCAGUAUUCUCGUCGCGGAUUCCCGUCACAAUUCAAUCAAAGCGUACAACUCGGUCGGCUCGUUAAUUUAUUCGUAUAAGCCUGGUCAGGAUGAAAUGGACCGUCCACUGGGUAUAGCCCUUCACUGGGACGGUAGAAUGACGUUCACGGAUUACGGCCGCAAUUACGUGCGCUUGGUAAGGCUGGAGCAUCAAGUGGCCCCGGUGCCAAGGAACGCCAUCAUGUUCGGUUGACACUCUAGGACCGCAGACGCGUUAUCUUGAUGAUUUAAUGGAAACUUUAGUGAUGGCGAUGGUUUUCAUUUCUGUCAAGGGUGAGCAGCGAAACUCGCGGUCGCCACGAGCAAUCUAUCGCAAUUUUUACAAACGCAUGGCGGGAUCAUCUCUAAGUCAUUGGUGAAUUGCGCCAGGAGAUACUUUCCGCUAGAAACGAGACAAGAGAAUUUUAUCUUGUAAUGAAAAAAAAA